CUCCGGUGAUUCGAGGUACAACCUGAGAAUAUUGAGAAUAAUCUCAGGUACAGCAUACUGUAGAAUACUCCAAGACCAACAUACACAAUACAAUGUCAGAAGAAGAGAAAAAUGGUGAACUGCAGAAGUAACAUUUAAAGAUGGUGCUCACACGUUAGAAAUAUGAAAAGAUAUGAUAUCAAGAAGUAUGGGUGACAGUGAAGAUAUAAUUCCACCUAGGAUUGAAGUCAGUCAUUUUGCUGGAUCCAAAGUAUCAACCAUUUCGGAAGAAAGCCUCUUAGGUGGUAAUGAAGAGCUUCCUGGAGGAGUGAGUAAUCCAGUCUUUAAAGUAGAGGAACCCAGUGAAGUAACUACCCCAGAACCAGAGCAUUUUACCUUUGACACAGAAUCAAUUCAGCGUUUUAAAACUCAGCCCCGUAGAGGAACAUAUGCUGGGGGUAUCAAUCCAGCACAUAGAUUGUUAAUUACCGAGAGGAGAAGUAGUGAAAAUGUUGGCCCGCUUCAAAAUGACUACAUUAUUCCAAAUAUCCAUACAAACCAUGGAAUACAGUUCACCAGUGAUGAUUUGGGACAGAAACAAUCUAAUGAUUGGGACAGUUUCCCCUCUGAUGGACGAUUACCAGCCCCUCCCACCCCAGGAUUACUGAGCAUCAAUGGUUAUGAUAGACAUGGCCAUCCUCCACCCAGUCCGGGGUUACUCAGUAUUAAUUCUGUAUGGAGUGAACUGGGGAAAAUUAGCUCAAGAAGGUCUUCAUAUACUGAAUCUAAUGAAAGCUCCUUUAGAAGUGGAUCUUUGUCCAACCUCAGCAGUAGUCUCAGUGAGCAUCUACAUAACUUGGUCAGAGCUUUCUCUAGUAGGACAGAAAGGGUCAAGGCCAGUACAGUAAUUCCACCUUCACCUUCAGACACACCAGAGUAUGAUGCUAAUUCAGAUGCCUUAUCAGCAAUCACCAAUUUUGAAGAGCCACCACAAAGAACACAUAGGAUUGAUUCGUUCAUUCCUGGUCACAAGCCUACUCCUACAGGUGAACCUGAAGAAGAACAUCACCUGUUCAGGUGUUGUAGAUCAACCAGAUUUACAUGUAAAAUUCCAAAGGUGUUUGAAGCACAGAGUAAAAUUUACAUGGGGUGGUUAUUUUUGGUAACUUGUACGUUUAUGUACAAUGCCUAUGCCAUUCCACUGAGAGCAUCAUUCCAAACAAGAUACAUGGAUGACAAGACCAAACUCUAUUGGUUAAUAGCAGACUAUACAGCUGAUGUUAUUUAUUUAUUGGAUAUUUUAGUGUUCAAACCGAGGCUGACCUAUUUAGUCAGCGGAUUGAAUGAGACUGAUGUUAAAAAAACAAGAAAACAUUACAUGAAGAAGAGUAUAUUCAAGUUUGAUGUUUUGUCAUUGAUGCCGUUAGACAUAUUUUACUUGGUGACUGGUAUACAUGGAACAUCUGCCUUACUGAGACUCCCAAGACUGAUGAAGAUUCAGACAUUUUGGGAAUUUUAUCAGAGAUGUGAUCAGGCUGUCAGAUCGGCACAUAUUUUAAGAAUUUUGAAGACAAUGACCUACAUGGUUUUCCUGAUCCAUAUAGAGACUUGUGGCUACUAUUCAGUGUCGCUGUACGAAGGAUUCGAUAAAAAUGAUUGGGUCUACAAUGGCGAGGGAAAUGCGUAUAUCAGGUGUUUUUAUUUGGCUACAAAGACAGCAACCUCUAUAGGAAAGAUAAACAAACCACAGAAUGAAUUGGAGUAUGUGUUUAUGACAGUUUACUGGUUGUCAGGUGUCUUUGUCUUUGCUUUACUGGUUGGACAAAUACGUGACAUAGUAGAGUCGGCACAGAGGGUGAAGACCAUGUAUGAUAAAAGGAUGGAAACAGCUCUGAGAUAUGUAAAAAAUCUUAACCUACCUAAAGAAAUGAGAGAGAAAGUUAGGGUCUGGUUUCUGUACAACUGGCAACAACAAAAAGUUUUAGAUGAAAAGGCAUUAAUGGACACAUUACCUACAAAGUUGAGGACAGACUUAGCUAUUCAUGUACACUUUAACACGUUAAGUAAAGUGAAACUGUUUCAGGACUGUGACAAGUCUUUACUGUUUAAUCUGGUGUUGAAACUAAAACCUAUGUUAUACCUGCCUGGAGAAUAUGUGUGUAGAAAGGGUGAAGUAGGUAAGGAAAUGUAUAUUGUAAGCCAAGGUAUAGUAGAAGUUGUUGGUGGACUGGAUAACUCUAUGGUGUUUGCUACCUUAAAGAAUGGCUCAGUGUUUGGUGAAAUCAGUUUGUUAUCAGUAGGGACAGAGGGUAAUAGAAGAACAGCUGAUGUCAGGGUGAAAGGGUUUACCAACCUGUUUAUGCUGAGUAAAGCUGACUUUGAGUCAGCAAUGAGUGAGUUUCCUGCAGCACAUACAAUGUUAAAGAAAAGAGCUAGAAAACUAUUAAGACAAAAUGCUAAGAUGACCAAGAAGGAAAGUGAAAGUUCUCUUUGUGGAAGUAAGGUGGAUGUUGAAGAAAUUAUUCACCAACCAAAGGAAAGGAAAAAAACACCAAAGUUACUACAGACUGUUAUGCAGGUGAUGAAUCCAGCAGCUCAAGUCAUAAAGAAAUUAGGAUCGUCUUCUGAAGAGAUUCAAGGUCACCAAGGGGAGAUAACUCAUUUUGACCAUGUAAUCUCAAAUGAAAUUACAAAAUCAGAUGACAACAGCCAUAGUGACAAUAACAAUAUACAAAAUGUAGAUGUAAAUAUAAAUUCUGAUGAUAAUCAAAUGAUUGGAGUGAAGAAAAACAGCCUCCAGGAGGAUACAGUGUCAAAGAAGGAGGAAAGUAAAUCAUUAACUGCACAAGAGGUUGAGGAUUUUUAUGAUGAAAUACUCCGAGCUACAGAAGGAAAUCCUAAAACAUUCGAUGAGGCUGUUCUGGGCAAUAAAAAUCCUCUAAACAGAGAUGGUACAGCCCAUACAGACGACAGUGUUGAUUCAGGUGUGCAUGUGACCAAAGCAGCAAGUCCCACAAGUAGUGACAAAACAAUAAGCAAGAAGGCUAGUAAAGAAUCCUUCUUCACGGUAUCUACAGAAGAUACUGAUAAUCAAAAAGGGAAAGUAGGAUUUUUGGCGGAAUUCUUUGAAGAUGAUAUACAUAAUGAUCUCACUAAUAAUGAAAAUGAAAUGAACAACAGUGCACCAGAAAAACAAAUCCAUAAUGAGGCUCAUAAAAUUGUUGUAAAACCAGUAAAAAAUGAAUCAGUUUUAAAGAAACAGGGAUCUGUUGUUAUGAAUAGGAAACCUUGGAACUCACCAGUGAAGAAAAUUACCUUUGCUAAUAACGCUUCAAAUGUGUUGAAUGUAAAACCCACAAAAGAUUCAAAACAUAAAGGACAUGAUUCUCCAAAGAAAGUCGAAAAAUCUGAAAAACAAACUGGAUUAUUAAUUAAACCUGGAUCAAAGAAACCUACCUUAAUGAGCAUGAAAUCUGGAAGGAAAAUUACACCUGAAAUUCGUAUUGACAGUGACCAUAUUACAAAACCACAUGUAAAGAAGAAAACAGAAAAAAAGUCACCUUCUAAAAAGUCACCUUCUAAAAGUGUUACUUUGAAGAAUUCUAGCAUACUUUCUCAUAAACCGUUAAAUGAUGAUACAAAAAACACAGAGGAAAAGGAUUCAGGUUUCGGCACAAAAUGUGAUGACACUUCUGAAAAGAAAUCUGAUUCUAUGGGAGACUCUGAUAGUCAGCUUGAAAAAAAUAUAUGUGACAUUUUAGAUUCUGAUGAAAAAUCAGAUGGCGAUAAAAAUGAAAGAACUGAAAGUAGGAAUAAAAAACAAAGUUAUGAAAAAGAAAAUAAUAAUCAUGAAAGGAAGAAACAAAAUGAGAUUGAACAGAAAACUUACCUAAAUCAAAACUUUAAACAUCGCAUUUCAAAGAUAGAAACUUCUAUAAGUAGUCUGUCAAGUGAGAUAGAAAAGGCAGAUGCACUCCUGAGAGAUCUAUGCUCUGAUGACGAUGAUGAUUUUAUACAGUAUGAACGAAAAGAUGAACUCAGUCAGUCUCAAGGAAACACAAAACCACCAUCAGAAGGCAAAAUAAACGUUGUGGAGGCAAAACAACCUGAUACUGUUGCCUUUACAAUACCUGCCAAAAACCAAAUAACAUGUUCUGUGGAAGUUCAUCGGGAAAAAUCCUUGACUCCCCUGGACAUAAGGGGUGAUAUAAUUACUCCUAUCUCUUUGACUGAAUGGAUUGAAAAUGCUAAUGAAUCUCUGAGGAAGAGAAAAGAGAGUUCAACAUCUAGUAUAUUUCAUGAAACUGGAGUUUGAAGUUAUUCCUACUUAUUACAUGUUUAGAAACUUGUUUCUUUAAGUAUAGUUUUGACAAUAAGAUACAACAGAGAUCUUGAUAGAUUGUACUUGUGCCUAAAAUUUGACACAAGAUAUUUUUAUCUGCACUUACCUUAUGUACCAGUUCUUUUUUCUUUAUUUUUUCAAUAGUCAGGAUUUAACAUCACCCUUACAGCAUCACCUGACUAAGGUGCUUAAGGGUUUAAAACAUAUAACAACAAAAGACUAUUGUUUUAGCACACAAACUAAAAUAUAAAUGUUUGGAAAAUCUUUUUUUUUCUCUCUCUCUCUCUCUCUUCCUCUCUUUUUUCUUUCAAUCUCUUCAUAUAGAAAUAUCUAUAGAUUAUUUAAUAGAAAAAAAAGGUUUACAUGUGCUAUGCAUAUACAUGUAUUACAUGUUGUUUGCUCUGUUCCAUAGAUAGGUAAAAAAGAUAUAUAUACCAGUACCAGUUCUUGAGCUAUACUUUGAGUACUGUGGAUUCAAUAACUUUCGUGGGUACCAAUUUUUGUGGAUUGGGAAACUUUAUAUUUUCGUGAAUAUUUGAUUUCAUGGUUUUACUAAGGUUUGCAUGCAGGCCUAUACAAAAUUUGUACUUUGCUGAAUGUUUAGUUUCUUGGUACACAUGUAACCAUGAAAUCAACUUUUCAAUUUUUCAUUGACUCAGGAGUAUAUUCUUCAUGUAGCAAUGUCUUGCAGUCUUUCCUACCAUACAUCACUAUAUGAUUUAUAUUUUAUAGUAGUAAUAGGAAAUAACCAAAGUAUUAGAGUUUAUGCCCCGGGAUAGUUAUUAUAACUUUUACAAUAGCAUGCUGUGGAUUAUUUUUUCGUUAAAUACCAUUUUCUUGUGGAUGUCAUGGGUAAAAGGUGGGUAAAAGUGAACCACAAAUUGAAAUGUUCAACAAAUUACAAAUUUACUAAUAGGCUUAUCCACGAUGCUUUCAGGAUGUUUGCUUGAUAUAAUUAUGAAAAGCAAAUGUUUUUUUUUUAAUAAAAACCAAUCUAUUUUCCAAUCUGAAUAUAAAAAAAAAUGGGAGUCUGAUUAUAUUUCAAAACCAAGAUCUCAUUUUAUACUAUAAUAUUUAAUUUGUGUUUUAUUUAUGAAUUUUACAUAAAAAUCUAAUCUAGUCAAUGGUGGUUUAUAUAACUAUAGUUUGUUGUUUAAUAAGUACUUAAGUUAUUGAUUUGUUUGUGAUAUAGUUUUGUAUUGUUAAUUAUAUUUUUAUAUGUCAUGUGCAAUAUUGUUUUCCUACACAUAUAUUAUAUCUUGUCAUUCCAGUGCAAUAUUUACAUCAAUGUUUUCACUAGGUUUUAUUGCCAUAAUUUGUAUUGUUUCAGUGAUCUCUCCCAUUAUAGAAGUUAUCAUAUUUAUACUGAUUCACUUGAUAAAUAAAUGUUUAAUAUAUUUUCAAACUUCUCAUAAAACAGGAGGCCAAUACUGUACAUUCAUUUAUUUUUUGGUGAUUUGGUCAUUUUAGACUUAAACGCAUUUUUUUCUUUGCGAUAUUGAGAAAAAUCCUGUUUAAUUCAUAUUAGAUUAAAUCAAAAUGCCAGUUAAGAUUAUUGCAUUUAUAAUCCUGUUGCAUUUUUCGCAAUAAUAAAAAUAUUACAAUCAUUUCAAUUUGGCACAACUUUUUGGAGUUUUGGUUUAUUGAUACUCUUCAAAUUUGUACUUGUUUGGCUUUAUAUCUAUUUUGAUCUGAGCAUCACUGAUGAGUCUUAUGUAGACGAAACGCGCAUCUGCCAUUUAAAAUUAUUACCCUGGUACCUUUGAUAAAUAUUUUGAAUUUGCAAGACUUGAUAAAUAAAUAUUUGAUUUAUUUUCAAACUUCUCAUGAAACAGGAAGUCAAGAAAUAAAAUUAGAAGUCAGAAAUAAUAUAUUUAAUUAUUGAUUUAUACUAAUUUGCUUAUUUUCUUUCACCAGUAAGUCAUUUUGAAGAAACAAAAUAUCAAAAGUAAUCUAAUAGAUCAACAUACUUACGCCUCAACAAAUUUUAUUUAAAGAUAUCUCAAGCUGUUGUUAUAACCAAUUUCCUUCAAUAAUUGCCAAUUCUGUCGUCCAUACCUUUUAUAAAUUUCACUGAUUAAUGCAGACAUUGAUUAUGGCCACCAUUAUUGAACAUGAAUGAAUAUUUUACAAUGAUGACAUUGAUUCUGUGACACGUAAUGAAUGAAGAUUUUUAUGUAAUCAGAAUCUGAUUUGUUUAAAGUGAUUUAUUUAUUGUUUUGUUUUUGUACUGUUAUAUAUUUAUUGUUAUUUAGAAAUAAACCAAUGGUAAUUAA